AUGGCAUCGAUGAACGACCCCUUUGACGACUCCAAUGAGAACAAAUCAUUGCCUGCUCGCCUACCCUCACUCUCAAUUACACCUUCCAACCCGCCGGUAGGAAGAAGAGAGAUCAGUUCGCAUCUGAAUCCGGCCGAGCCUCAACAGCAACAACCCCAGAACCCUUUCCGAGACUCCGAAGACUCCCCUCGCCCUUCAACCGGCGAGGACGACGUCGUGCCACGCGAUAUGCCGCACCCAGAUCCGCGCGCUGCUCCAGCUCACACUCACCCUCACAUGCUGCCAGGGUCGGGAGUUGCUGCUGCUACUGUUACCUCCGUUACCACUGCACAAGGAGGAGGUAACCCCCGGACGACGGGAGGAGGAAUCACCAUCGUUAGAGAAUUCGGAACGACGUCGACGACAGCGACGGCAAAGAGGACCGGUAAAAUGAAAGCAGUUGCGCGCGAUUACUGCCAACCAGGCAGCUCCAGAGGAGGGGCGGACAGUGGAACCUCAUCAUCCUUUAACACCCGCUUUGCGCCCGACCACUGCCAGCCCCAACCCAGCCGCUCCAGACGGGGCGUAAGCAAUAGAACCUAUUCGUCACCCUUUCACACGCGCUCCGUGUGUGAGGGUGACGAAGAGGUUCCCAGCUCUGCUCUGGAGCUGCUUGGAAGGUCCUCGUCACCCCAACACACGCCCUCUGGGUUGGCAGUAAUCGAUUACUGCCAACCCAGCAACUCCAAACAGGGCGUAAGCAAUAGAACCUAUUCGCCAUCAUCCUUCAACACGCGCGCUCCAUUCGUAUCAGGAAGAAACGGGAAAGGCAUCGCGACAACCACAACGAGGGCAAACCCCUGGGCGACGACCUUCAGCCCCGAAGAAACUCGACGUGAAAAUGAAUAUCCGCUGACGACUAUGCCAAGAGCGUUCCAUGCGGGUGGCGUCUACCCAAGCCCCGAUGUCGAUGUCGACUAUAACUUCUCUCCUGUGACUCCCACUAUUCGGAUGCCAGCAGCAGCGACCUUGGCACCCCCCCUCCGUCCAGCGGCAGGGCGCCGUCUCGCCUGGCUGAGCUCUCUCACCAGCAGACUCGCUAUGCGCAGCCCCUCGAUCAGCACGUCAACCUAUGCCCUCGAGCUCGGCAUGCAGGCUCGGGAGGAGUCCAAUCGUCAAGAUGAUGAACUACUCGAGCAGAUUCGUAUAAGAGCCAGCACAACCUUCCAGGACAAACCGCGACUGCGCCACUCGCCGUCUGUGAUCCGUGUCGCAACCGAGCUCAUCCAGGCGCGCGACAACAGCAAGCCGUACGGCUCUGGAGCAGUGCUGCACUCCAAGGCUUUCUGGCUCGUUUUUGCUCUGCUCCAGGCCGGCGCUAUCUCAGGCACCGCGGUCCUAGCCGUGAUUAUCGUGGAGGAGACUGCAAGAGGAGAGGCAGACAUGAACACCGGCCGCGUCUUAUGGGUUGUAAUCAGUGUCGCCUUGAUCGUCAUCGGCGGCUUAGGAACAUGGCUCAUCUAUCUGCACAAGAAGGGACUCUCUGUUUUCGGUGGCACAAGAAACGUUCGGGAUGCCGACGAGGUGGCGUUGCUGGAUAUGGCUGUCGGGCAGGAUAUCCCCUUGUCGGACAUGAACCAGAGCACUCCUCCGGAUCUAGAGCGAGGCAACACGCGGCGGGUGACAGUGCUCUCGGGCACUGGGCGUCCCAGCCUGCGAGCACGUGGGAUGGCGAGGAUGGCUUCGAUGAACAGCGUGGUCACGGCGGAUCCGACCUGGCAGGCUCUCUACUCUUCGCCCCAGGAGCUCCGGACGAUGGUUUCACAGGAGACGAUUAGGGAAGAGCCGGAGGAAGGUGACGACACGCCUGUGAGGAGAGGCGAGCCAGGGAACCCAGGCCGUGGAGCGGAUGUUAUGCCAGGCAGCAUGGACAGCGAUGCAGUCGAGGACCUGUACAGCGCGUCUCCGGUCAAGGCGUCCAAGCCAGCAGCACAAUUCAAGCGUUUGGAUUCCAGCUGGCCGCUUCGAUCGCCGCCCCCGGCCCAGCCCGCUCCAUUCGUCAAGACCCAUCCCCAGCGUAUCCGAGAUCUAAGCACGCCUCCGAAGCGUCAGAUUCAAGGAGAGACCGAGAAGGAGUCCCCCGGAACCCCCUCCAACCACCGCCGCCGUAGGCCAACGCUCGAAGUUGGCCGAGGCUCCUCCCCCUGUGUGCAAGGCUUCUCUCCCCUCACAGAUCUCUCGUAUGCUCUCACCAGCGGCGAGAUUGCGGCCCUCCCCAUCCGGCAUCGCCCGCAGUACAUCCAGAAGCAGCGAGCCGAGAGCGAGGAGCGCAUCCGUGGCGUCCGCCAGAGCCUGAACCAUGCCUCCUCCUCCUCCGAGCAGCCCCACUCAGCAGCUACCCUCGUGCGGAUGUCGGUGCCACGCAUCGAGCAGCCCUCUGGCAGCAGUAGCCGGCCCAAGAGCACAAGCAUCAGCGAGAUCUACACCAUCACCGCUGCCGCCGCCGAUGACGACGAAGACGAUGACAAGUAUGUGCUCGACGAGUCCGAGUCUGAGGCCAGCGUCGCCGUCGCCGUCGCCGUAGCCCCCACCCCCACUAAUGAUAUCGUCCCUGCUGCCGACUCACGUCCGAUCUACAAGCCCAAGAUCAGACGGAACAUGUCCCUCGCUGAGUUUCUGAGAGCGGACAAUAUGACGGACGUCGUCGUCGAUAAUGCUCAUCGUCCCGUCCUUGGUAUGGGUGGGGGUAUGGGUAUGGGUGCGGGUGCAGGUGAGGAGGGUGCGAAGGAUGGAACUAGACAUGCAAAGAUGUCACGGUCGCGGUCGCCCGGCGUAGAGCACGCAAAGAAGAUGCUGGCCAGCGUCAAGGAGCACUUUACCACGUCGACGUCGACGGAGCAUCAGCAGUCGCAUGGUGAUAGGAAGAGAAAGAAGUUGGGAAGCGUGGUGCGGGAGAGGAUUGGGAAGCUGAAGGAGAGUGGUGUGGUGACUGAAGAAGCUGAAGCUGAGGGCGGUGUGGUGAUUGAGGCUGAGGCAGAAGGUGAAGGUGCGGGUGGUGAAGGUGAGGCAGAAGGUGAGGCAGAAGGUGCGGCUGCUGCUUCUUUGUAA